AUGUCUGUUCUCUUCAUUGGCCGAAUCAUCCAAACCCUAGCCGGGUCGGUGAUCUGGAUCGUCGGCAUGGCCAUUCUUGGGAAUAUAGUGGGAGCAAAACAUCUGGCUAAAUCCCUGGGCUUGGCCAUGCUCUUCGUUUCGGCGGGGCUCCUCAGUGGCCCGGCUGUGUCGGGGUCUCUCUACCAGUUCGUGUCCUACGCUAUGACAUGGGGGAGUGCAUUCGCCGUGAUACUCGUCGGGACUCUUCUGCAACUCCUCAUAAUCGGUCCUUUCAACUACGAUACGUGCAUUCAGGAGUGUCACAUAGAAGAAGAAUCACAGAUCCGAAGCCCGUUGCUCUGCUCCGUAUCCCACCCCGAGAGCACGCAUUACCAAACAAUCGCAGAAUCCACCUCCCUCCCCACCCAGAAUCUUCGAGACCACGAUCCCCAUCCACAUCAAGGCCGUCUUCCACUGGGAGCCUCUUCAAGCGGGGCUAUUGUUCCUACUCCUGCAGGCUCCAUCGAUGAUCCUCGUCAUUCCAGCAGGGUGGCUGAAAGACCGGAUUGGGAUGCGAUUCCCCGUGACGAUCGGGUUUCUAUGCCUGGCCCCAUCGCUGUGCCUACUCGGAAUUCCGGGACGCGCACAAGACGUUUGGUUUGGUGGACGGACAACAAGAAUACGAACCGGGUGAUCUAUAUCGUUACACUACUGGCGAUCGGAGUCUGGCGGACUUUGUUGCUGGGGCUCGGGGCUGUCGAGGUUCUACACGGCGCCAACGAGCUUUCCCACGAGUAUCCAGGCUUCUUCGGGCCGCACGGCGGGUACUCGCGGUCGUUCUCUAUGUCCAACAUCAGCUGGAAGCUGGGGAUGUUUGUGGGGCCCUUGGUCACGGGGACCUUGACGGAGAGGAUGGGAUAUUACCAGAUGAAUGUGAUUCUAGCCCUAGCAGGCGGCAGCGGCGACUUGGGCCACUACCUCCAGGAAGAGCUCCUCAGAGAUCCCCGUUACAGCGUCGUGAUUCUUACUCGGCAGACCAACCCUUCCACCCCAACCACUGAAAGAGUGACCACCCAAACCACAGACUACACCCUUCCCUCCCUCCUACACAUCCUCCGCACCACCCGCACCACUGCCCUAAUCUCCCUCCUCCGCUGCCCAGAUGACCAAUACCACCCCCUCCACACCACCCUGUUAGAAGCUUGUCAGCAGACUGAAACCUGCACCCGCUUUAUCCCAUCCGAAUGGGCAGGGGACAUCGAAUCUUUCCCGACCCUGCCGCGAGCAUACGGUCGGACUCGUCUUCCGUUCCGGGAGACUCUCGCCCGAGAGGCAGAUUCCCAGAAAACCGAUCCCCCAUCCCACCCCGUGAAAAAAAUAGAGUACACACUGUUCAAUCACGGCUGGUGCAUGGAAUACUUCCUCCCAGCCCACAAGUCCUAUCGCAGGUGUAUGCCAGGGGAGUUUCCGAUCGAUCUUACCCGGUGGAAGUAUACCGUCCGCGGGACGGGAGAGGAGGCGCAGAGCUGGACGUGUGCGCGCGACAUAGCGUGUGCGGUAGGGAGAUUACUAGCUGCUGAUAAUGGGAGUUGGGAGCCGGUCACGUAUGUGGUCGGGGAGUGGGGGACGUUCAAUCAGAUGGCAUCCCUGUUGGAGAGGGUAUACGGCCGACCCUUCGAGAGAGACUACCGAUCAGAGGAGGGAAUUGGAACCACGAUUCAGCAGUACGAGGACCAACCGGAGAGUCUGAAGCUGGCCAUCGCCGAGGCGGAGGAAUGGACGAUUAGCGGUGCUACUGCCUGUCCUCAGGAGAAGACGCUACGACAGCGAGAGAAGUUCUUUGCCGGGAUGCAUUUCACUACCUUGGAGAAGCUGCUGUGGAAGGCAAAGGUGGAAGAGCGGGUGUAA